AUGACUACAAGUGUUGUUACCAAUUGCAACACUGAAGAAGUUCUUGAGUUUGCCAUCAAGGCUUCUGCAUUCAUUGGCCCAGAUCUCAUCUUGACCGAUUCAACAGUCUAUUACUUGAAAGGCAGAAUCUUAGCUCUUAACCAUGAUGACCUCCAAUAUCUGAUAUCCCCAUCUGAAUCUUUUAGAUCUGAACUUGCCAAUAAGGUUUCCAUGACUGGUCUGGGAUUGACUACUUUGCAAGAGGUCGAAAACGUGACUGGCAUCAACAUCACCACCGGGCAUGAGUUGGGCCAAACUUCAGCUUUGCCCAACUCAUGCAUCUUUUGGUACUCCGGGUGUUUUGUCUCAGGGGGUGGAGUGAAGAAAAAUAACGUUCCGCUACCUACCAAUAGCGGUGAUGUCAUCAAUCAUGCAAAUGCGUCCCCUUCCAAAGGAAAGGGUAAAGCAUCUUUGGUAGCAAUUGCCGCUCGACCAGCUGGGAAACGCAGCAAGCCAAACGGGUCUGACGUUGAAUAA